AUGUCGGCCGCUCCUGCCUACAGCGAAGACAAGGGCGGUUCUGCCGGUCCCGGGGAGCCCGAGUAUGGUCACGAUCCGGCGAGCGGUGGCAUCUUCUCCUCCGACUACAAGCGGCAUGAUGACCUAAAGGAAAUGCUGGAUACCAACAAGGACUCGCUCAAGCUGGAAGCCAUGAAGAGGAUUGUGGCGAUGAUUGCCCGUGGAAAGAAUGCUUCAGACCUUUUUCCUGCCGUGGUGAAGAACGUGGCCUGUAAGAACAUAGAGGUGAAAAAGCUUGUCUAUGUGUACCUGGUGCGCUACGCAGAGGAGCAACAAGACCUGGCCCUGCUGUCCAUCUCCACCUUCCAGCGUGGACUAAAGGACCCCAACCAGCUGAUUCGGGCCAGUGCCCUACGUGUCCUCUCUAGCAUCCGUGUGCCCAUCAUAGUGCCCAUAAUGAUGCUGGCCAUCAAGGAAGCUGCCUCAGACAUGUCACCUUAUGUUCGGAAAACAGCUGCCCAUGCAAUCCCUAAACUCUACAGUUUGGACUCUGACCAGAAGGACCAGCUGAUUGAGGUCAUUGAGAAGCUUCUCGCUGACAAAACCACUCUGGUGGCAGGCAGCGUGGUGAUGGCCUUCGAGGAAGUGUGCCCGGAGCGCAUCGAUUUGAUUCAUAAGAACUACCGGAAACUUUGUAACCUGCUCAUUGACGUUGAGGAGUGGGGCCAGGUCGUCAUCAUCAGCAUGCUCACCCGCUACGCACGCACCCAGUUCCUGAGCCCCACCCAGAACGAAUCCCUGCUAGAAGAGAACCCCGAGAAAGCCUUCUACGGUUCAGAGGAGGACGAGGCCAAGGGUACCGGGCCAGAGGAGGCUGCCACCACAGCAAUGCCCGCCCGAAAGCCCUACGUCAUGGACCCAGACCACCGGCUGCUGCUGCGCAACACGAAACCUCUCCUGCAGAGUCGCAGUGCUGCCGUGGUCAUGGCGGUGGCACAACUCUACUUCCACCUAGCACCCAAGGCGGAGGUGGGCGUCAUCGCCAAGGCGCUCGUGCGUCUGCUGCGCAGCCACAGUGAGGUGCAGUACGUGGUCCUCCAGAACGUGGCCACUAUGUCCAUCAAGCGCAGGGGUAUGUUUGAACCCUACCUGAAGAGCUUUUACAUCAGGUCUACCGACCCCACGCAAAUCAAGAUCCUGAAGCUGGAGGUACUGACUAACCUGGCCAAUGAGACCAACAUCCCUACCGUCCUACGGGAGUUCCAGACCUACAUCCGAAGCAUGGACAAAGAUUUUGUGGCGGCCACAAUCCAGGCCAUUGGACGAUGUGCAACUAACAUAGGCCGAGUCCGUGACACAUGUCUCAACGGGCUGGUACAGCUGUUGUCCAACCGUGAUGAGCUUGUGGUUGCAGAGUCAGUGGUUGUCAUAAAGAAGUUGCUGCAGAUGCAGCCAGCACAGCAUGGGGAGAUCAUCAAACACUUGGCAAAGCUCACAGACAACAUUCAGGUGCCCAUGGCCCGAGCCAGCAUCCUGUGGCUCAUUGGCGAGUACUGUGAGCACGUUCCCAGGAUUGCACCUGAUGUCCUGAGAAAAAUGGCCAAGUCCUUCACAGCAGAGGAAGACAUUGUCAAACUGCAGGUCAUCAACUUGGCAGCCAAGCUCUAUCUGACCAACUCUAAGCAGACCAAGCUGCUGACCCAGUAUGUGCUGAGUCUGGCCAAGUAUGACCAGAACUACGAUAUCCGCGACCGAGCUCGCUUCACCCGGCAGCUCAUUGUCCCUUCGGAGCAGGGUGGGGCCCUCAGCCGCCACGCCAAGAAACUCUUCCUGGCACCCAAACCGGCCCCAGUCUUGGAGUCAUCUUUCAAAGACCGAGAUCACUUCCAGCUGGGCUCACUGUCUCACCUGCUCAAUGCCAAGGCCACAGGCUACCAGGAGCUCCCAGACUGGCCGGAGGAAGCCCCAGACCCAUCCGUGCGCAACGUGGAGGAAGAAGACCUCUCUCUUAUUGAGACCCACGUGGGCCUGUUGGGCGAAUACACUGAGGUUCCUGAAUGGACCAAGUGCUCAAAUCGGGACAAGAGGAAGGACAAGGAGAAGCCCUUCUACUCAGACUCUGAGGGGGAGUCAGGGCCCACGGAAUCUGCGGACAGUGACCCUGAGUCUGAGAGUGAAUCGGACAGUAAGAGCAGCAGUGAGGGCAGCUCCGGGGAGUCCAGCAGUGAGUCUGGUAAUGAAGAUGACGAUGAAGAGAAAGGGCAAAGCAGUGACACUGAGCAGAGUGAGGAGGAAGGUGAGAGGAAGAAGAUGAAGAAGAAGAAGAAGAAGAAGAAGGUGCCAGAGGGACACAGAGCAGGCAUGUCCUCAGAUGAAGGGAGCGAUUCCAGCAGCAGCUCUUCAGAAUCUGAGGUGACAUCGGAGUCUGAGGAGGAGCAAGUGGAAUCUGCCUCCUGGAGGAGAAACACGCCUCCAAGCAGCAAAAGUACCCCUGCAGUGAAGGAGAUCUCUCUGCUUGAUCUAGAGGACUUCACCCCUCCCAGUGUGCAGCCUGUGUCUCCCCCCACGAUUGUGUCCACCAGUCUGGCCACUGACCUUGAGGGCCUGACUCUCACAGAUCCCUCCCUGGUGCCCUCGUUGUUGAGUCCAGUGUCAGGUGUUGGGAGGCAGGAACUGCUGCACCGGGUAGCUGGAGAGGGGCUGGCUGUGGACUAUGCCUUCAGCCGCCAGCCCUUCACUGGGGAUCCCCACAUGGUGUCUGUGCACAUCCACUUCUCCAACAACUCUGAAAACCCCAUCAAAGGUCUACGCAUGGGUGCCCCCAAACUGCCUGCCGGCAUCAGCAUCCAGGAAUUUCCUGAAAUCGAGUCCCUGGCACCUGGAGAAUCCAUCACUGCUAUAAUGGGCAUUAAUUUCUGUGACUCAACCCAGGCAGCCAACUUCCAGCUAUGCACCCAAACCCGACAGUUCUACGUCUCCAUUCAGCCACCUGUGGGGGAGCUGAUGGCGCCUGUGUUCAUGAGUGAGAAUGAGUUCAAGAAGGAGCAGGGGAAGCUGACAGGCAUGAAUGAGAUCACAGAGAAACUCAUGCUGCCGGACACCUGCCGGACUGACCACAUUAUAGUGCAAAGAGUGACUGCCACUGCCAACCUGGGUCGUGUCCCUUGUGGCACAUCUGAUGAGUACAGGUUUGCAGGGAGGACACUGACCAGCGGGAGCCUAGUGUUGCUGACCUUGGAUGCCCAGGCAGCUGGAGCUGCCCAGCUGACUGUCAACAGUGAGAAGAUGGUGAUUGGCACCAUGUUAGUGAAGGAUGUGAUACAGGCCCUGAGACAGUGA